UUUGUUUUAGCUGACGUCUAUGAUAACUUCAAAAAAUGCGUGAAGCCAGACGAACUAAAUGUCACGACUAGAAUUCUCGGAGGUGGCUGGUUGGAACACGGCGAAAAAUCCAUCCUCGUCGAAGGCGCAUCUGUUCCUACAGGAGAAAAUCCUCAUGUCCGAUCCCGUGCAUCAAAUCUACUAGUUCGACAAAUUAUUCAAUAUGGACCGGCCGAUCAUUCGAUUACUGCAAAUAUUUUGAAGAAAGCUUUUCCGGAUUUCGAAAUAUCAUGCAACAACACAUGAAAAUCAAAAACUAAAAGCAUGACAAUAUUAUAAUAUAUUAUAUAUAUAAUUAUGUCGUUUUCGUAUAGCUACUACAAUAAAUAAUAAAAGUAAACA